CACGCGCUUUCCAGGAACCCGUCAGGAAGAAGAAAAACAAAACAAACCCGAGAGAGCUGUAACAGCGUGUGGACUCCAUUGAAAAGGGGGCCUUAUUAUCUCCAACAGGGGAACCGACACGAAGCGAGACGUAUGCGUGGACGUCCUAAAAACCUGAAGCAUACAGAGAACCACACCAGACCACAAUAAACCGGACCAGGUUGAGCCCGCCCCCAGCCUUGCAGGUUGCAUCCACCAGCACUCUGCCAUUGUCUCCUUUAGAAGUAAUUUAUUGUGCUGAUCAGACAACGUCACACUUCUGGGACUGGACAGGAGACCCAGAGGUUCCUCCCCGCUGGAGCAACCGCCUGGCAAUGCCUCAGCCCAGCGUCAGUGGGAUGGAGCCUCCCUUUGCGGACGCCUUUCAGAACUACUCGUUUGCUGAUCAGGCCCUGACCAGCACUGACCUGCUCGCCACCAGCUCUGACCCAGAUUUCAUGUACGAAGUGGACCGAGACAUGACCCACCAGCAGAGCCCCUGUAGGGACAGCAUGGUGGGGGUCGGGGACGGAGGCAAGGAUGUGGAAGGCUGUGUGGAUCAGCUCAUGAGCCUGGGCGAAUGUGAGACAGUCUGCAGCAGCUCAGUGUUCGAACAGUGGGACUCUUACUGGGAAGACCUCACCAGAUACACACGGCUGGCCAGCUGUGACAUCUGGGGCACCAAAGAGGUGGAUUUCCUUGGAUUGGACGACUUCUCUAGUCCCUACCAGGACGAGGAAGUGAUUAGUCAAACCCCAACGCUGGCUCAGCUCAACAGCGAAGAUUCGCAGCCUGUGUGUGAGGCGCUCUACCCCCCUGCUGACCUGGUCCUGCCUGCCCUCCAGCCUCAGCUGUCCCAGCUUCCCUGUCACAGUAAGAGACCCCUGGUCCCUGGCCAAGCACGGCCCUCCCCAAGCUCCACAUCCUCUUCCCGUCCUUCCCGCAGCCUUUUCCCAGAUGUUCCAGAAGGCUCCCAAAAAGCCACCAGACCUGUCCCCUCCAGCACUGAGACUAUGGCCAAGACACAGAACCACCUCAGUCUCACCCAGGACCACGGCCAAGCUCAAACCAAGCCCCAGGGGCGAGGAGCGAAGAUGGCAGCCCCAACUUCUCUCGGCUCUGACUUUGUGCGGAAGGCUAAAGUCCGUGUGAGUACUGUGCCUAAAACUCAGCCUGACAAGCCCCCCCAGACGGAUUUUGAGAGGUCAGAUCCCCCUCUACCUCUCUCCCAGCCCCAAGAUGAGAAUGCCUCCACUUCAGCGAGCGCCAUCUUGGUGGGACUUCCUGGUGCUGCAGCCGGUGGCUCUGGCAGCCUGACGAGCUUUGAAAAGAGGACAGAGGGGACAGCAAAGAGAGAGAUGCCUGUAGGCUGGUCUGCUACCAUGCCUCAACUGGUUGAGGCAAGCCAGGCUCUGGAGAGCAGCACAUCUGGGCUGGUCAGCGGCAGUGAUAGUGUGGCGGGGGCAAGCGGCGGCGUUCUGGUAGUCGAGGGUACGGAGAAGAGCAAGGAGGAGGAACACAACUACUCUCUGUUCCUGACCCGCAGCAGACUGGCUGGCAGAGCCCACUCCCUGCUGGAGGAGGACGAGGAGGAGGAAGACGAGGAAGAGGCGGAAGAGGAGGAAGCCGAUGGGCUGGAGCUAGAUGACGAAGACCAUGAUGAGGGUUUCGGCAGCGAACAUGAGCUGUCUGAGAAUGAAGAGGAGGAGGAUGAGGAGGAGGAUGAAGACUACGAAGCAGAUAAAGAUGACGACAUGAGUGACGCCUUCUCUGAGCCAGGCUGUGACAUGGAGUUGAUGGAGGACAUUAAAGGCCUGACAGCAGGAGUCUCCAGCCGGAAGAGAGGCAAGCGCCGUUACUUCUGGGAGUACAGCGAGCAGCUCACCCCCUCCAAACAAGAACGUAUGCUUAAGCCGUCUGAGUGGGACAGACACACGCUGCCUAGCAACUUGUACCAGAAGAACGGGCCUCUCCAUGGAAAGUAUAUGCUGAAGAAGUCUCGCCGCACAGACGUAGAAGACCUGACUCCCAAUCCACGCAAGCUGCUGCAGAUCGGCACCGAGCUCCGCAAACUGAACAAGGUGAUCAGCGACUUGACCCCCGUCAGCGAGCUGCCGCUGACCGCGCGGCCACGGUCCCGUAAGGAGAAGAACAAGCUUGCAUCCAGAGCUUGUCGUUUAAAAAAGAAGGCCCAGUAUGAAGCAAACAAGGUGAAGCUCUGGGGACUCAGCACAGAGUACGAUCGGCUGCUGUUUGUGAUCAAUGCCAUCAAGGAGGAGAUCGUGGCCCGAGUGGAGGACUCUUCUCCGCGUCCAACCAACAUGAAUGACACCCUGGAGCAUCUCAUCCAGGAGACACUUGUUGCACCACCUGUUGCUGGGCAGACUUCAGACUUCGUCAACAAGAUCUUGGAGAACACAGGACGCGGCGAUCCCACCGGUGGUCUGGUCGGCCUGCGAGUCCCCACCUCCAAAAUCUAGACAAACCGCGGUCCACUGAGAGGAGUGGACUAAAUAUUACCACCCUGCUGUCCCAUUGUAACUAUGCUCCCCUCUGCAUGCCCCUCCAACCCAGAGUACAUACACAUUGUUAGUCACACAAACACACAUACCACUCCCUGUGUGUACGUAUGUGUGCUUGUUUUAGCCAUGCACCUGUAUGGCAUACACCCUAGCUUUCUGUCUCUGCACACUGUGCGCAGAGUCAGUGCGUCACUGUCUCCCAACCCAUCGUGAGCGUCUGUUGGGAAAGCGCCUAUUAAAGCAAGGUAUGGUUAGGUGUAUAGCUAUUAGCACAUCCACUGGUAAUUAUUAGAUGUGUUUAACAUAGCAUUGUGUAGGGUCAGUUCUGUUGAAGGACUGCUUCCAGGGCUGAGACAGAGACAGUCACACGAGUGUAACCACUGGAAUACUUUCACACAAUUUGUUUGAGGUUGAAUUGUUACACAUCAGACACCAUCAGGGGUUGAUAAAGUUCCAGUAAUCAUUUCCUAGACGAGGUUCACAUCACAUGGCAACAAAAAUUAACUCCAGGAUGUUAAAUUGACCUACUCAGUAAAGUACUUUGAUGAAAAGCUUUGGUUGCCAAGACAGCUGCAGAGACAAAAAGCAGCGUGCUCCGAGGCAUUACAGGGUGGCAGAAAAUAUUUUGUAUUGAAGGCCUAAAUAUGUUCAUGCCAUCCCCUGUUUGCCAAUCAGGUCUGCUGUUGUUGAAAUAUAGGAGUUAACUUUUAGCAAAUUAAAGUUCAAAACAAAAAAGUAGUAAAAGGUUAAGCUUUAACAAUUAAGCGUCAGACAUCCUGCGGGGUUGAUGUUUGCGACAGGCAGGAGGAAGCUUAAUUUCUAAUUUUGACAACGUUAACUUAAACAACAGGAGAUAGUAGACCAUGUGCAGAGGAAGUGCUUGUAGUUUUGGUGCUUUUUGGCCUUGUGCUGGUUAUAACUGGACUAGGUGAAACGGGCAUUUUGCCAGUAUGGGAGCAGAUUGUGAGGAAGAUGAUGUUGGUGAUGAAGAUGGCAUAAGCAGUGAUCCAUCUCCUCUAGGAAACUGUAUGUAAAGUGUCUCCCAGUGAAAAAUCGGCACCGGCUCCCCUUUUUGUACAGUAGAGAUGACCAGGCUAACAGUUUGGUGUGUUCAUACUAGUGUUUGAUCAGAGCUCUAUUCAUUGUGCCUUGUGUAUGUAUGUGUGUGUUUCUGUAAGUCUGAGUGAGUGUAUGUGUGUAUGUGUGUGUGUGAGAGGGACUGAAUGAGAAGAGGUGAUUGGUCAGAACUCCCUGAGGUCCAGCCAAGGAAAGGACUACUUUACACUGAGGGAGAUUGUUAGUGAAUGCAAGGAGGGAGACACCUGUGGGGUUUGUGGUGUAUUUCAGUUGUCUAAAGAUAUUCUGAAUGUACAUAAAAGAAAACGGAAGCUCUCGUUGCGUGAUGCCACAGAGUCUGUGUAUAUAGGAGGGCUCUGCAAUAGAUUACUUUUGGUUUUUGGUACUCUGUCUUUAGGGAUCGGGGGAGGGUUAACAGAUAUUUUCGUUUAGAGUUAUAAAAAAAUAUUUGCACACUAUAUUUUGAUUGUUUUUUGUACCAAAGACACAUGCAACGAAAUGGCGACCAGCCAGUAAAAGUAAGGUUUUGCACAGCUUACCUGACGCCGUAUUGAAUGUAAGAAAUGUGGGAGGGUCAGGGAACCUCAUAGAACUGUGAAAUUAGCUUGGGUCCAAUUCUGUACAGAAAAGGAACAUUCAUUAAUUUUUUUUUUAAAUCUAAAAAUGACCCCAUCUGUGGGCUUCUCCAGUAGAUUUGUUGCUUAGCAAGCACUUCAUUCCUGAACUGAUUCCUCCCUCCACAUGCUAUUUGUGUUAAUGGCGCUAUCUAGGACAAAACCCAAGAGCGCUAGUAGAUAAGCUAUGUUACAUUUUUACUUGUUUGUCAAAAUGUCACCAACAGUAACCAAAAUGUUUUGUUCCUGUAUCACUUGUUUGAUUUCUGUAUGUAGACGAGGUCUAGUUCAUCAACAAAAUAUUAACUGAAUUGUGUUUUAAAGUACUGUAUAUAAAAACAUUAAUGAUAUAUACAUCAAUGGUGAUAUGCCACUUUUCAUGACAAUUGAUUCAUUUUUAAGCAUGACACAUUUCUAAAGCCUGUCCUUGCGUCAAGAAAGUUAGAGGAAAAAACACAAAAACCAAAAAAAAAAAGUUUGUGUUAUAUUUUUGUACUUUAGCUGCCUGCUAGCUUUCCUGUUGGUUUGGAAGUAUGUGUUGGUUGCAUUCUCCAAGUGGAGAGAAGGAGAUGUGGAGGACAAGAGGAAAAAGUUCUCAAAGAGCAGCCAGUCAAUCUGAUCCGGUCUCUUUUGCCGUUUGAGUGAAAUACAGAGAAUCAGGACUGGAUUUAUUUAAAACACAAUACAGCGAAGCCAUGGUCUAGUUUGAAUGGUCUAUAAAGAGAAUGAGGACAUGCUGUCUUUAGUGAGGACAGGGACCUGUCCAGGAAAGCAAGAAACUCAGAGGACAACAGCAUCGAGAUGUGACCGCAGAUGAGGAACCAGCUGAAUGUUGUCCCAGAUUGAUCUGGAUUCAGUGUUGUCAUUUAGACUUUCACAGAUAUUCCUUCUUUAACCAUGAAGUCGGUUGAAUUUUGCAUUUCCUGGGAUUGACAUUGCUGCCUUUUCAGGUUGCAUUGCUGAAUUUUAUCUUCCUGGCCCUGCAUUCGGUCCUCAGCUUACAUCCUUCCUGACCGGUCACAGCCGCAAAGAAUAACUCACUAAAACACAGAGUUACAAUGUCCAGGCCACAUUUUGGCAACGUGUCCAACCUUUAAAAAUGCAUGACGCCUGUAUGCUUGCUUCCUUACUGACUCCUCAGAGGAAGCACUGGCAUUCCCAGAAAUUUAAAAAUUCUGCCAGAAUUCACUCGGUUAGCAGGCAAAUACAAACAAAAAAUUUGUGUUUAACAAGGCUGAAUUCAGGUCAGUUUGAAGUGAAGAAAGUCCUCCUUCACAGAAUGAACUUGAUGUCUGAUGAUGGUGAUGCAGAGCUGUGGUCUUUCUGUAUCGUGUGAUUGAACAACAGCUAGUGCUACAUAUAUAUUUUUACUGUUUUCCGUUCUGUCUAAAAAGGGAGAAAUGGUGCUUUUUUGAAACUAGAAUGAUGAGUAUCCAUGAUUCUUAUUUGACUUCUUAGUCUAGUUGUAGCCUAAUGACUUGCUUUCCCCUACUGUCCAUAGCUAUUUUCUUAGUAGUGAUUCGUUUUUGUAAAUAGACAAUAAGUUAAUAUGUAUCUUCUUAAUGUUAGAUAUAUGUAUAGAAUACUCUAUCUUAUAUGUUUGAAAACAAAAGCACUUUGUCCAAAAAAGACAAAAAAAACAAAAACAAAAACAAAAGCAUUUUUUUCUUCCAUUUGCUGCUAAAAGGCCUGGUGUGAAUGCUGCAAGUGUCCUUGACUACUUGCUAGGAUAGGUCUAUUACCUGACUUGGCUAGGUCUAUAAACUAGCGAGGAAUAUGUGUAUGGUCUGACGAGGGUUAGAUCUACAUGUUUCUGGAGCCAUGUAAUGAUAUGAGGUGUUUAAUGAGAACGUAUCAUUGCUUGGCUUUGGGAAGCCCAGUGUCUUGACGGAAUAGGUUUAUUUCCUGUUCAGGGACUGUGUGGAUAGUGUGUUUGUGGUCUUAAAAAAAGAGGGGUUUGAUUCCAGGGCCCCUACAUUGAUCCUGAUGCUGACCCCCGUGGCGUCAUGAUUCAUUUGCCUUCAGUAGAGGUUUCCUAUGGAAAAACUGAUUCUGCUUUGGCUUCCUCUUCAGGGUGAUGUACAGUGUAGACACAUUUCUCCAGAGAGCUAUAUUGUUAUCAUUUGUAAACUGAUUUCUACUUGUGACUUAAUGAGGAGAGGUUUAGCCUGGGGCGGCCAGGAAGAGCCCAUUUGAAAGAUGUUGUUCCGGGCCGCCUUGGGGGAAGUUACUAUAUCACUGUACUGUAUGGCAAGCCAAUUACAAAUGGAGACUCAAUCCGGACACUUAUUGCCUUCUUAAAUAACUUUUCACUUACACACAAACAAAAAUAAUAACAUGGCAGACAUAUCAGUUGCCAAGGGGUGUGCCCGAGGUUUAUGACAUUGUUCUGCCAAUAUACGGUCGUCAACAACAACAACAACAACAACAAAACCAUUCAGCCUGAUUGGCUCAAAACAACCUUGACUGAAGCAGCAGACAUGGUGAAAUAUAUCUGAAAAAUGGCUUCAAGCAUUUGAACUUCUUGUGCUCAGUUGUGUCUUUUGGGACAAUAUUUGAAGCUUUUUUUUUUUUUUUCAGCUAUAAUUUUGCCCACGUCUGGCAGGGGGUCAACAGUGGUUAAAGGGCCGCUGGUUGACAGACAGUUGACCGGUUCAGCGGUGCGGCUGACAAGAGAAGUCUGUGUGUUUUGUUGUCGAUCACGAGGCUGGUUCAAGAAAGAGUCCUCACAGGUUUUUACAUUUAACAUGAUAGGUGCAAGCUGUGCAACUUUACAUUCAAACCAGGAGACUCUGUGGCAUUUUAACAGUCAAGGAAACGAGUGAAAAUCCACGCCAGUAAAACUAUUCCUUAUUCCUUUUUAUUUCUGAUGACAUAAAUCCUAUACAGUCAAAUGUUAAGCUAGUAGAGUGUGUUACUUUGUGCUACUAUUGUCCAAUAAAAGCUAAGUGGAUCCAUAAAGCUCUUCUUUAGCAAAUCAGGGUAAUAUCGUUCUUCUAUCUGACAUAUGUGAUGACAUAUAAAAUCAAAAGAAAAUAUAUUUAUGUAUUCCAAUUAUUGUCGCCAUUCUUUACUCUGUACAAAAUAUUUUGUGUGUGUGUGUGUGUGUGUGUGUGUGUGUGUUAUGAAUUAUCAAUGUCAAUCAAUAUAGUGCAAUGCUCUCUACAUAAACUGAAAAAAGGCCAACAGACUUCACACACACAAGAAUUCACAAAGUUUCUCCGCUUUCUCCAAAUCGGUAUUUCCGGAUUUCCUGCCGUGAUCCAACUGGGGUUUGUCAAAUGGUGCUGAUUACUUUUCAUUAUUCAAGAAAUAAUCCAACAAUUAAAAUGGCAUCUGUAGUCAGAUUUACUCACAAAUAACAUGCCCAUGUGUUUAUUGUUCUCAAUAACUGUCAUCAGACCAGACACCCCACCCCCACUCCCCACUCCCGAUCAUUUUCAUCGAUUCGAACUGUCUCUGUUGGACCAAUCAGAGGAAGAUUCACGCUGAUUCUUGCUCUAAACAACAACAGAAUGGCGAUUUCUGUAUUAAUGACUUAUAUGAGCAUUAUUGUUAAGCAUACAAUUCUUUUGUAAAAGUCAGACUCAUGGAUUUGAUAACACUGCCCAAAGUCAUGGAGGAUCUUUAUUCCAUUUGAGAGGUACAAAAUAUUCACCAGAACUGCAAAAUAAAUGCACAUAUUCUGGUGUAAUAGGACAUUGUUUUUGUUGAUUUAAAUAGCAAGUGCAAUAUCCUUAUAAUAACACGAGGAAAUAAUUUGAUUCAACUUGUGCAUUCAAGAACAAGCUCCAGAGGAACUAUUCGGUAAUGCUUCAUUUUAUUAUUGUUUCUGUAAUUUUCGAAUAAUUUCUAAAAAGUUUCCUUGAAAGAACUAUUUAAUUUGGUAAUGGGGAAAAUAGGUGUUUCAUUGAUACACUUCCAGUUAAUCAAUUCUAGUUUUAGUCAGUGCAAAGCAGGUCAGCUGAACAUGCCAAUAUUGAAUGAAUAUUUACAUGGGUUUAAAGCUGCACUAAUCAGUAUUUCUGUAUAAAAAUGGAUAAAAUUACUACGUGUAAAGUGAAAGGUAUUGCUCGUAGUAAUGAACCCACAGAGAAUUAAAUAGACUCUGCAGUUCCCCUCAGCUCUACUGAGCAUUUUAGCCUCUUUCAGCUCAUUGUUUUGGUUUUACGGCCCACUGUACACUACCUGUCCAGCACCAAACGGCAGACAGAAAAAGUUAGCUGCUAGCUGGUGAACAUAGUGAAGCAUUUAGUUGGUGGAGACCAAAACAGAGCUAAAAGAAGAGUGAAUAUUGGACUUAAAUUCACCAGUUGGCUAGACACAAGACUCCAAAUGAACACCAAUGUUUGCUAACAUGUUCACCAGAGCAACUUCAAAAUAUGUCAAUGUUGUGUUCACAGCUUGUUGUGGCUGUAACGGAGUAGUUCUUUCAAGGAUAUUCCUUUUUUCUCUAUAUAAUUAGUACCAAAAUACACAAAGUAAUUGUUUCCUAGAAACGUCUUAGGAAAUUAUGGAUCUGUAAGAUAAGCGUUACCAAAUAUUGUUGUCUCAAAAAUUUGGGCUGGUUAAAAAAACUACAAAUUACUUCACCUCCUACUGGCUGUGAUGUCAGAUCUCAGAGUCUAGCUUAGAGUUUCUACGGAGGCUUUUAAAAUGUUUCCUAUCUUGUUUGAACCCAUGUGGGCUACCCCUGUUGCUUGUAAAAACACCUCAUCUUCAGAGACUGUAUGCUUACAACCCUAAACAUUUUUUCUGUGUAAAUUAGAUAAAUACAGAAAUGUACUCUGUGACAAAAAAAUGCAGUGGGUAUGAUGUUUCUGCAUGCCGAUUCCCUGCAUAGCACUGAGAGAAUCAAGUGACGUCUGGAGUUCUUCGCAGAUUGGGAAAUAAUUUGGCCAAUCAUCAGAAAGUGUCUCCAUUGUCACAAAGUUCACUCACUGUACUCACAGUUGAAUGAUUUCUUACUUGCUGCUAUAGAAUGAGCACAAAGAGACUUUAGAUUUUGGUUUAGAGUGUCCAUGACACAAUUACAGUAUAUUAUUACCACACACCCUGUUUUUUUUUUUCCACACCUUCUUUCCUACGACCAAAAACCAACAGUGUUACUCACCUUGCACUUGGUUUUUACAUAUAUAAGGAAAAAAAAUUACUUUGAAUAUGAUGCCUGCUGAACCAGGUGCCUUAAUCAAAUAUAUGAUAACACAAAUCUGCACCUUCUGUCAGUCUGGAGGGGGUUUCCCUACAGAAAUAAGGGGCUGGGUUUCCCAAAACCUAAACUUGAAGUACAAAAAUGAAAUGAAAAACCUCAUUUAACCCCAAAUCAAUACAUUUUGUAUAAUAAUCAGCCUUUAACAGCAGAUAAGAGCUGCUAAUUCUGCAUAGGAUUUCCCUUUUAAAGUAUUACUGAAGAAGAGCAUAAAUGACAACUUGUGAAUUGAAUUGACGUUGUUUUGGGAAACCUGGUUCUGUUUUUAACUUUUUCUCUGCCCACUACGCCCACGUUAUUGUGUUUUCUGUAUUGGCUACUGCUGUUAUCACCGCUGGUGUGAUCGUGUAGACAAGAGCAAACUUCCACUGUGUCUGAGGCAGCGGGAGACUUGGGCCUGCUUUUUACCUAUAGUCAGUUACAAUGCGCUCUUCUUCUGUGGUUUCGACGUGUGUUGUUGCCUCUUGAGACCUUUUUGAGAAAGGAAAAAAAAAAACAAAGCAUAAAACAGAACCUUUCGUUUCUUAACUUUGCUAUUAUGAAGUGCCAGACCCUCCUUGAAGUCAGUGUUGACACUGGGUCACAGGUUGCAAAUGAAGCGACAAACUGAGCAUGGAGGUAAACUGUGGUGCUAAUCUGUCUGUGGCUGGGUGCUAACAUGGCUGAGUUAAAAAGCUGUAUUAGCCAUAUUAUUCCUUCUGUUGAUGAGUCUGGUCAGUCUCGUGUUUCUGACUGCUGCACUGCUGUAUGCUGACAUAGCGAGGUAUAACUCUGCUGCUGCUGCUUUGCUGAUGAAUGUAGACUAGUCUUCCUCAGCAGGAUCAUACAGACAGACGUGAGACGUCUGGUGGUUGCUUUUCCUGUUGUUCUACUUCCUGUUAGACUUUUUUGUUUGGAACACAGAGGGAGACUCUUGUCGUCCAGGAUCCAGAAAGAUCAUGAAUGUCGUGUCUUUAUAUGGCCGCUUGUAUGUUUAAACCUUUUUUUAUUAAUAUUAUGGGUUAAUAUUUAUGCUCUGACUCAAAUGUUGCACAUUUGAAUUUGUUUUUCCUAAAUUAUAUUUUAUUGCCUUUCUCCCUGAUCUCAGUGUUCAUACCAUUUCUUUGAUAUUUAUUUGUUUCGUCCUGUAAAUUAACAUGUAAAGGAGACAAUUUGUUGAAACUAGACUUUAUAGCUUUUCUAUUGAAGCAGGCUUCACCAGGAGUCAGAGACUUCACAUGAGACUGACAGACACGAACCAAAGUCACAAUGAAACUGAAAGUCCCUGUGUCAUUAUAUACAACUAUUUGACAAUAAUUGACAUAAUAAUUACAAAUUGUUUUCAAGCAUUUUUACAUAAACAUUUGAUUAGAUUUACUCAUCGUAUAUCUUUAAGAUUACCUCAUCGUGUCCCAUAAAUAAGAUUUUUGUACAAUCCUGCCACUGCACUCUGGAGAUGCAAAUGGUUAUAAAGACAAUCAUUAAUUAAUAGAAUGAAUUAAUUAGACAGGAAAGAAUACAUCAAUAAAUAGAUCAGAUUGUAAAACAAUUUGGUUUGACAAUAGAAACAGAUUAGUAAGAGACAUUUAAUAAAUCAGUUAAAUGGAUUUACAAAUAGCUAAAUAAAUCAAUAGAUACAUUAAUUUAGAUCAAUAUCUAAAAGAGACCAAAUGUUUAAAUCGAUAGCAAAAUCCAACUAAAACAAAAGACAAAAUGAAUAAUGCAGCUUUUAAUAGGGACAUAAAAAGAAUUAGCAUUUUGAUUUGCUGAUUUUUUCCUAAUUUAUUCCUUUUGCAAAAGAGGCUAUUAUUCAAAUGACCCUUGCUAGUAAUGUGUAAUGAGAUUCAUCAAGACAUCGUAUUGGCUGUCAUUUGACUUGUUAGCGGCGGGCGCCUAUAUGCAUGCACGUAAUUGAAACUUUCAUGUUGCUCUGCAUAUUAAAGGAAAUAUUUUGACCAUUUUAGGAGAUGCCGUUUUAGAUUCAGUUUCUUGCUGAGAGCUGGAUGAGAAGACAGCCAGUUAGCUUAGCUUAGCAUAAUGACUGGAAACGGCGAAAACAGCUAGCCUAGCUCUGUCCAAAAGGUAAAAGUCUAAAAUUCACUAAUAAAUACAUUAUAAUUUGUUUAAUUGGUAAAAAAAAAAUAAGUGUAGAGACGUUUUUACAGGUACCGGACGCGAUAUUUUAUAUCCUAGGAUGGCAAAGGCAGGUAAAAAUACUGCUUUUAGUGGCUUCAGUUAUUUCUGUCUGUUCUUGCCUUCCUGUCCUUCAGUAUCCUAUUACUUUAUACUUUCUCUAUAUGCCAGUUAAAGGAAACAAGAUGCUCUCAGAUCUGCAGUUUCAUUGUGACGUUGAGUAUUCAUCUGUGAGGCCCAUGAAGCGUUCUGUCAUUGGAGGUUUGACGCAGUCAGAAGGGGCGGUAGAGCCCUAAAACAGGCUCAUCGAGUCAGCAAAGAGAACCUCACCUUGACACAACCCUUUUGUCACGACUCUGGACCGAGGUUCGGGUGCUCUACAGCCACUGAGCUCAGGUUAGGAGUCGGCUCACCUGCUCUCUCAAACUUUGGUGGGGAAAAUUAUAAAAUUUGAUCAGUUUUCUAGGAAAACAUCACCACUGCGCCAGAGAUGUUUCGCUCCUUCUGGGUGCUUUUUUUUUUUCAGAAGGGCUUUGGUUCGCAGUUGUCUUGUCAGGGAGCCCCUGAGAUUAGCCAGGGGUCACUAAAGGCUGGUGGGCAGAGACCCCUCACCCUCCCCUGCAAUGAAUGAUGAGGGGGAGUUUAUUUCCUCUUCUGCAGACUGAUCUUAUUAAAGCAAACGACAACAACCCACCCUAGUUGAUAAAAACAAAACCCCUCUUUUCCAUAUCUACACACGUCCAACUCAUCAUCCAACACUGCAAUGAUUUACAUCUCCCUCCAGACUUGCCAAAACGCAUGGAGCGAGAGACAACAAAAAGAAAAUGUUUAUCCUUAUGUUCCGGGGAUUUUUUUGUUUGUUUAUUUGUUUGUUUUUCUUCAAUUUUGAUAAUAAUGACAGACAGUAAUAUUUUAUAGGAAAUCCAUACAAGUCCAAAACAUGUAGAGGAUGUGGGCGGUAUUGGUCAUCCUGAGCUCCAUGACUACAUGCCAUUGUUAUGAUGCUUCGGGUCUUGUAUGGUAACUUAAUUGAUUAGAUCAAAAGCAUGGGAUCUUUCUGUGGUUAGUCCUGUGUGUGUUCCUCUCCCCAGUCUCAGUAGGAAGGCUGUACUUCAUUGCUAAGUGCUCUAUAAUAGAUCUCUUGGUGAUUAUAAUUUCAUAAAGAAGCAAAACCUGCAGAAAGUGUAUCCUGCUGAAACUAACUUGAUCCUCUCUUUAGCAAUGACGUCUAUAUUUGUAGUUCACAUAUAUGCCUGUUCGAAUACAAUAUCUUGACAGUUGUUAUAUUUAUGUUGUGUAAUAAAUGUCGUGCUGGGUUUAUACUUUUGUUUUAUCUAACUUUUUCUUUUUGUUUUACAUCGUUUUUGGGUUUUUUUUCUUGGAGGCACAGUGGGUGGCUUUAUGCACAGGCAUGGAAAUCUAAAAGAUGUUUUUUUGUGGUUUGUACUGUAACAACUCAUUCUGUUUCAGAGCUUCUGACAGUUUUUGUCUCUGGCUGCUCGACAUCCUGCGGACACCUACCCUGAAUCUCUGUUGUGUUAUUGUGCCUCUCUAAUUUUCUUUCUUAUUUUUUAAAUCAUUAUUUCUCUGUUGUAUCAGCCGGGAGUUGGUACCACAGCUCUGCUUGUAACCACAAUAGUCUGAUUAUGUUUAUUGAUUUUAAUAUCAAAAUAAUAAACCAUUAGCACCCCA